UUUCUGGAUAAUGGGUUUCCGGAUAAGGGAUCCCAUACCUGUACUCUGUAUUACAGAAUAAAGCCUAAAGUUCUGAUCAUUCUGAGUUUACAGAAUAACACCACAGUGGCGCAGAUAUGAUACCUAUUUUAGCCAUUACCCUGCCCGGCCCACUAUUUCCCGCUGGACCACACAGUGCUGAGAUUUAAGAUCAGAACAAGAUAUAAAGCUAUAAAUGUAAUAAGCGUCUCUGUAUUAAAUGACCUGUGUUUUAACCCCAGUGGGAAUUCUAAUCACCCCCAGAAUAGCAGUGCUCUGUGUAACACAUAAGGAGCUUUAAAUCACAGUUUUCUUUUUAUAUGUACAUAGCGUUCCAAAUCUCAGUUUCUCAUUUAUCCAUGCAGCCCAUUAUAAACCCACAGGAGUCACUUCCUUACACUCGGUGCUGUCUUCAAGGAGUUCAGACAAGGCAUUAUGGAUAACAAGGUGCCAGGAGCUGUAAGCAAUGGGUACUGUGUGCCUCCAACCAAGCCUCUCAUGGAGAAGGAACCCAAAAUGGAAGAUGGCGACAUGAUGAUUGAGAGGGGACAGUGGAACAAUAAGGUGGAGUUUGUGCUGUCCGUGGCCGGAGAAAUCAUUGGACUGGGGAAUGUGUGGCGCUUCCCAUACUUGUGCUACAAAAACGGAGGCGGUGCCUUCUUCAUUCCAUACCUUAUAUUUCUGUUUACCUGUGGGAUCCCAGUCUUCUUUUUGGAGACGGCUCUGGGUCAAUACACCAGCCAAGGGGGCGUCACAGCCUGGAGGAAAAUCUGCCCACUGUUUGAAGGGAUUGGCUACUCUUCCCAGGUCAUUGUUAUGCUACUGAAUUGCUAUUACAUUGUAGUCCUGGCUUGGGCCCUGUUCUAUCUCUUUAACUCCUUUACAUCAGAGCUGCCUUGGGCAUCUUGUGGCCAUUCAUGGAACACAGAGAACUGCCUGGAUUUUUACAAGGGAAAUUCUACUCACAAUGUGACACUCAACGGUACCUCCAGCGUCAUUGAGUUCUGGGAGAGACGAGUGCUAAGGAUAUCAGAUGGCAUUGAUAACAUUGGGGGUCUCCACUGGGAGCUGGCUCUGUGUUUGUUGCUGGCCUGGAUCAUCUGUUACUUCUGUAUCUGGAAAGGGGUCAAAUCCACAGGAAAGGUUGUAUAUUUCACCGCCACGUUCCCCUACCUAAUGCUGAUCGUCCUGCUUAUCCGGGGGGUGUCUCUACCUGGGGCCCUGACUGGAAUUCAGUUUUACCUGUACCCUGAUCUCAGCAGGUUGCAGGACCCUCAGGUUUGGAUGGAUGCUGGCACCCAGAUCUUCUUCUCCUACGCCAUCUGCCUGGGGUGCCUGACAGCCCUGGGGAGUUACAAUAAAUACAACAACAACUGUUACAGGGACUGUGUUGCCCUCUGCUUCCUUAACAGCGGCACUAGCUUUGUGGCUGGCUUUGCCAUCUUUUCAAUCCUUGGCUUCAUGGCAGAAGAGCAAGGGGUGCACAUCUCAGACGUGGCAGAGUCUGGUCCAGGUUUGGCUUUCAUUGCCUACCCCCGGGCCGUGUCCAUGAUGCCCUUCUCUCCUCUCUGGGCCUGCUUCUUUUUCUUCAUGGUGAUUCUACUGGGACUUGAUAGCCAGUUUGUGUGCGUCGAGAGCUUGGUUACUGCUGUGGUCGACAUGUAUCCCACCAUAUUCCGCAAAAAGAACCGGCGGGAGCUUCUCAUCCUGGGUGUUUCUAUGAUUUCCUUUCUCGUUGGCCUCAUCAUGCUCACUGAGGGCGGAAUGUACGUAUUUCAGUUGUUCGAUUACUACGCUGCCAGUGGGAUGUGCCUGCUCUUUGUGGCCAUCUUUGAAACUCUGUGUGUAGGCUGGGUAUAUGGGGCUGAUAAUUUCUACGACAAAGUGGAGCACAUGAUUGGUUACAGGCCGACAGGUAUCAUAAAGUACUGCUGGCUCUUUGUUACCCCGGCAGUGUGCAUGGCAACCUUCCUAUUCUCAUUGGUGAAGUACACUCCGCUAACGUAUAAUAAGCACUAUGUAUACCCAUGGUGGGGUGAUGCUAUAGGCUGGCUUCUAGCGCUCUCCUCUAUGGUCUGCAUUCCGCUUUGGGUCGGCUACAAGUUGUCUACAAUCAAAGGCUCUCUAAUGGAGAGAUUCCGCCAGCUUACCUUCCCAGACCCUGAUCUCCCACAGAAGACCCAGUGUGAGCCCCUCUCUCAAACGGCACAAGGGACCCUACUAGAGGAAUCGCUAUGCUAGGAGACAUCGUGUUCCUGGUAUUGGCUCAUCUACCCCGUGUCCCUGGGGCCACAUACAUGUACAUAUGACUUAUAGAUGUAUAUUAAUUAAUGUACAUACACACAUAUAUAUAAAUAUAUCCACAAUAAUGCUACAGUGAAGUGCGGCAUGGCAUUCCCUCUGGAUCCUGAUUGAUUCUAUUGGACCUCUCAGCAGAAGACCCCCAUGGAAAUGACCCAUUGACAGGGCAUUAUACUGAGUGGCUUCAAAGCCAUUGAGCAGAGACUGUCCCUUUUAAAGGUUUCGAUCAUGGGAAAAUGGAGGAUUCUGGGACAUUUACACUGAAAUCCGAGAAUCUUUCCCGAACCUUUAGAAACCGAUACAUAGGAAACAGAAGUUGUGAUUUGAUCAUUAUUAAAUAUAUAGAUGUAGUA